UAAGGACAUUUUCCUUUCUUAUUUAUUCAUUCUACUUCUUUCGAUCUUCGCUUACCAACGUCACACAAUCUCGGAUCACGCCCCUUUGGUAGAGAGAGAGAGCACAGAGAAAACUGAGAACAGAGAGAACAGAGAAAGAGGAAGCAUGGCUACUGGAGUGAGACUGGAGAGUGUGUUCCUCUCUCCUUCUAAGCUGCCUUCAUCUGUGAAGAAGACAGCCAGUCCUUAUUUCCCCUUCGCCUCCUCCUUCUGCAAGAACUCUCAUCUCUCUUCGUCGACAUUCCCUCGGAGACUGUCGUCGGUGAUCAAGGCAUCUUCUGCCACUGUUACCGAACCCGAGGGCAUCAAGGUCACCGCAAUCCCUACAAAGCCGGUCGAAGGUCAGAAGACAGGAACCAGCGGCCUGCGGAAGAAGGUUAAAGUUUUCAAGGAAGAGAAUUACCUCGCAAACUGGAUUCAAGCAUUGUUUAAUUCCUUACCUUCUGAGGACUUCAAGAAUGGUUUGCUGGUGUUAGGAGGUGAUGGCCGCUACUUCAACCGAGAGGCCGCUCAGAUAAUAAUCAAAAUUGCUGCGGGGAAUGGUGUUGGCAAGAUCCUGGUUGGCAGGGAGGGUCUUAUGUCAACACCAGCUGUUUCUGCUGUAAUCCGCAAGCAGAAGGCCAAUGGCGGCUUUAUAAUGAGUGCAAGCCAUAAUCCUGGUGGACCCGAAUAUGAUUGGGGUAUCAAGUUUAAUUACAGUAGCGGGCAGCCUGCACCUGAAUCCAUCACGGACAAGAUUUAUGGAAACACACUUUCUAUUUCUGAAAUAAAGAUGGCAGAUAUCCCCGAUGUUGAUCUGUCUCGUCUGGGAGUCACAGAGUAUGGAAACUUCAGAGUGGAAGUGAUCGACCCAGUUGCUGAUUACUUAGAGCUAAUGGAGAGUGUGUUUGAUUUUAAGCUUAUUAAAACUCUCAUCUCGCGACCAGAUUACAGGUUCGCAUUUGAUGCAAUGCAUGCAGUGACUGGUGCCUAUGCAAAACCAAUAUUUGUUGAUAGGCUUGGAGCUGCUCCGGAUUCCAUUGCCAAUGGAGUGCCACUGGAAGAUUUUGGGCAUGGUCAUCCAGACCCCAAUCUUACGUAUGCCAAGGAUUUGGUCAACGUUAUGUUUGGUGAGAAUGCACCUGAUUUUGGAGCAGCGAGUGAUGGAGAUGGUGAUCGCAACAUGAUUCUUGGGAGAGACUUUUUUAUUACUCCUUCAGACUCCGUCGCAAUUAUAGCAGCUAAUGCACAGGCGGCAAUUCCUUAUUUUCAGAAUGGUCCCAAGGGUCUAGCUAGGUCAAUGCCAACAAGUGGGGCUCUUGAUCGUGUUGCAGAGAAACUGAAUCUGCCUUUUUUUGAGGUGCCCACAGGUUGGAAAUUCUUUGCUAAUCUUAUGGAUGCUGGGAAGUUGUCUAUCUGUGGUGAAGAAAGUUUUGGAACAGGUUCUGAUCACAUACGUGAGAAGGAUGGCAUAUGGGCUGUCUUAGCUUGGCUUUCAAUCAUUGCUUACCGAAACAAGGAUAAGAAGGUUGGAGAGAAACUGAUUUCAGUGGCGGAUGUUGCUAAGGAGCAUUGGGCAACCUAUGGACGAAACUUCUUUUCCAGAUAUGACUAUGAGGAAUGUGAAUCCGAAGGAGCCAAUCAAAUGAUUGGACACCUUAGGGAAUUGAUCUCCAAGAGCGAGGCAGGUGAAAAGUAUGGUAGCUACGUACUUCAAUUUGCAGACGACUUCACCUACACUGAUCCUGUGGACGGUAGUGUAGUAUCCAAACAAGGUGUUCGGUUUGUUUUUACGGAUGGAUCAAGGAUCAUCUUCCGUCUAUCGGGGACUGGUUCGGCAGGCGCAACCAUUCGGAUUUACGUUGAGCAGUUUGAGCCUGAUGCCUCUAAGCAUGACGUGGAUGCUCAAAUAGCACUGAAGCCACUAAUAGAUCUAGCUUUGUCAGUUUCAAAGCUCAAGGACUUCACAGGCAGGGAGAAGCCUACCGUCAUAACAUAGAGCAUGGUGAUGUAUGUUGUAAUUAUAGCUGACCAAGUGCUAUUUGAGUAGAGGUGAAACAGAUAAUGAGGCAUCCCCUUUUAUUCUUUUAUUUAUAUCCUUUUCUUGAAUUUUGGUUCGUAAUCAUAAGGGGGGGAAAGAAGCCAUGCCUUUGCCA